ACAUGGCGGAAAACAAAGGCGAGGAGGAUAUGGAAGCCACUGCAGGUUCGAGUGUAUUACCUUCGGAAAACGAUAAGUGUGACGCGGUAAUGAAAGACGACAACGCGGUCAUAAUUAUUGAAACGAUUUCGAAGGCAGAAAACACGGAGCCUAAAGAAAAUGUUCAGCAGGCUCCGACGUCCAGCAGCGAAGAAAUGGGCGCUUGCACAACAAGCGCCGGCGCGGUUGGCGAAGCCAACGGCAGCAUAAGCGACUCCGUCAGCCCUGCUGAGAACAGCGGUAACACCACCGCGGAGCCCAUGACAACUGAAUCACCGGCCUCCGGAGAUCCUGCUGUUAGCGGACUCACGGCUGAGAUGUCUUCCCCCCCCAUGGUACCAGCGGUCACCCCGGUGUCCGCUCCCAUUAAUCUGUUGGAUACGUGCGCAGUGUGUAAAGAAAAUCUUCAGAGCCGCGACUGUGAACCCAAACUUCUGCCUUGCCUGCACUCCCUGUGCUUGAAAUGUAUACCCCAGCCAGCCAGGCAGAUCAGCGUACAGGUGCCCGGACCACACGGGCAGACGGACACGCACAUAGUGAAUGUCAUGCGCUGCUCAGUAUGUCACCAGGACUACAAACAGAGCGAUGUCAUUGACAACUACUUUGUGAAGGAUACGACCGAGGCCACCACCACCUCCGAUGAAAGGGCUGCACAGGUGUGUACCAGCUGCGAGGACAAUGCAGGAACCAUAGGGUUUUGUGUCGAAUGUGGAGAGUGGUUAUGCAAGACUUGUGUGGAGGCCCACCAGAGGGUCAAAAUUACCAAAGACCACAAGAUCCGCACAAAAGAGGAUGCUGGUGCAGUCUCUGAGUCUGUUGGUUCAUCGGGACAGAGGCCCGUCUUCUGUCCUGUCCACAAGCAGGAGCCUCUGAAGCUUUUCUGUGAGACCUGUGAUACUCUCACCUGCAGGGACUGCCAGCUGCUGGAGCACAAAGAGCACAGGUACCAGUUUCUGGAAGAGGCUUUCCAGAACCAAAAAGGUAUUAUUGAGACCCACAUGACUAAACUGCAGGAAAAGAAGAGCUAUGUCCAUUACUCUGUCUCUCAGGUGCAAAACAGAUUAAAAGAGCUCAAUGAGACCCACAGGAAGGUGGAGCACGAGAUCAAGAUUGCCGUUUUCACGCUUAUUAAUGAGAUCAACAAGAAGGGCAAGUCCUUAUUACAGCAACUGGAGAAUGUCACCAAAGAGCGGAGCAUGAGACUGGUGGCCCAACACAAGGACACCACGCAACUGGCUCAGCAGCUGCAGCAUGUGCUCAAUUUCUGCCACUCAGCCAUCACCACCGGCAGCAGCACCGCGCUGCUCUACAGCAAGAGGCUGAUCCUCUUUCAGCUUCGCCAGGUCCUAAAGGCCAGACUGGAGCCAGCACCUCAGACCAAUGGAGCUGUACGAUUCUUCUGUGACCCCACUUUCUGGGCGAAAAAUGUGGUGAAUUUAGGAAAUCUUGUAAUCGAGAAGCCGCCUCAACCAGCACAUCCUCCCAACAUGAUGGUGGGAAGUCAACCCAUUUCACCUGCGCAAAGCCAUUCUGGCAAGCACCCGGGGCAGAUCAACCUGGCCCAGCUCCGCUUGCAGCACAUGCAGCAGGCAGCGUAUGCCCAGCAGAAGCAGCAGCAGCAGCAGAUCCAGCAGCAGAUGCGUAUUGCUUCCCAGAUGUCUCAACAGCACUCUAGACAGGCUGGACCUGUGAUGGUCCAGCAACAGCCUCCAAGGCUCAUCAGUAUGCAGCAGCUUUCCAGGGGCCCUGGAGGUAUGAAUGGUGGGCCAGGACCCCACAUGUACGCCUCUUCCCACCAUAUGCGUCUGCCUGGUCCACAGCAAGGCCGUUUGCCAACAGCCCAGCCAAGGCAUAAUGGCCAGCAGUACCCUUCCAUGAUGCAGCCCCAGCUACAGAGACAGCAUUCCAACCCAGGGCAUGCGGGGCCUUUCCCAGUGGCCUCCCUACAUAAUGCGAACCCCACCAGCCCUACCAGUGCCAGUAUGGCCAGUGCCCAUGCCCAUCGAGGCCCUGCCAGCCCCAUCAUUGGUCCCAUUGAACUUAUUCCUUCAGUCACCAACCCUGAGAACCUGCCCUGCCUGCCCGAUAUCCCACCCAUUCAGCUAGAAGACGCGGGCUCCAGCAACCUGGGCCACCUCCUGACUCGCUACAUCACAGCCAGUACACACUCUCAACUGGGCCCUGUAGACAUGAACCCUUCACCUGGACCCUCCACUCACUCCCCCGGCUCCUUAGGUCUGUCUAACACCCACACUCCAGUGCGGCCCUCCAGUACUUCCAGCACAGGAAGCAGAGGAAGCUGUAGUUCUGGCGGGAAGUCGGGGCCCACCGGCAGUGCUUCAGCAGAGCAGGUGAGGGUGAAACAAGAGCCUGGGUCUGAAGAGGACUACUGCUGCCCGGCAUCAGGCUCCUCCUCUUCCCUUAAGAUGGAGCGAAGGCUAGAAUCAGCACGGAGUGCCUGCAUGAUGAGUAGUCCUGAAAGCAGUCCUCUUCCAGUGCUUGGAGCUGUGUCCACAGGCCAGGACAGUCUCCAGAGUCAAGGGGAGCGUGUCAAAACAGAGCCCCAGUCUGAGACACCCUGUUCUGGGCAAAAUGACUCUGGCAGCACAACUAUGUCGUCCUCUGAAAACAUCAAUACUGCAGACUGUCCCGUCACUAAUGGCAGUUCUGACAAGGAGGCAGAUAGCACUGACAGGGGCAGUACAGCUGGGGCAGUUAUUCCCACCGAGAAGGAGGACGACCCCAAUGAGGACUGGUGUGCUGUGUGCAUCAAUGGGGGGGACCUUCUGUGCUGUGACCGCUGUCCCAAAGUGUUCCACAUGAAAUGCCAUGUUCCCACCAUUAAAAUCUUCCCCAAGGGGGAUUUUCUCUGUGCGUUCUGUCGCAACCUCACCAACCCAGAGAUUGAAUACUGUGACGACAGCAAGAAAGCCAAGUCUGACCACGGCCUGAGUCCUGAGGACAGAAGGAGAUGUGAGCGCCUCCUGCUGUAUGUCUUCUGCCAUGAGCUCAGCGUGGGCUUUAGGGAACCUGUUCCUUGUUCUGUGCCCAACUACUACAAGAUCAUCAAGCAUCCCAUGGACCUUAAGAAGGUAAAAAAGAGGCUGCAGGUUAUAAGCUCCCAGUACUACAAGACCCCCCAGGACUUUGUCUCCGAUGUGCGUCUCGUCUUUCAAAACUGCGCCAAGUACAAUGAGAUGUCUCGAAUAAUCCAGGUUUAUGAUGAGGAGAAACAGAUAAAUACCCAGGUUGGCUCAGAGAUGGCGACGUCAGGCAAAGCAGUGAGCAUGUUUUUCGAGGAGAAGCUUCAAGAAAUAUAUCCAGACCACACAUUUCCUGAACCCACUGAGCCCGAGUCAGUAGGCACAGAGGAGAAGGAGGAAGAGGCCACAGAUGACUCAGAAGAUGACUUCAUACAGCCCAGACGCAAGCGGUUAAAAGUGGAAGAAAAGCUUGUGCACAUCAAGUGAGUCUUGAAAUGAGGACAACGGAAGUGAAACAUUUGCCUUCCUCAUCUCCCCCUUUGUUUCAGGCAGCAGAUGUUAAGAGAUAAAAUGUACAAACUUUUAAGAUUAUCCCAUCCUUGGCUUUGAAGGAUUUCUUGUCACAUACAUAGAAACGAUCGGCGUUUAUAUGAACUUUCGAAGACCUCCGUACAAGAGCUCCAUUUCAUGCUCAAUUAGAUACGGACACUUGAAGUCACUUGUACAGACGUCUAAGUUGUAAUUCUUUUGUGGAUGUCAAGUUAAUGAUUAAUAAAUUCUUUUCUAUCAUCCAUUGCUAUGUGUAGAUUUCUUGUGAUAUUUCUCAUUAUAGGCCCAUACCUAGAGCUUAAUGUACAUCUAUACUUUAACCUGAACCCUGUUGAGCGUUUGUAUGACUUUGUUGAAGCAUUAUGUAAAUAAGAGAAUCUACCCCUCCGAAAGUAUUCCUCUAGUUGUUUGGGUGCGUCAUGAAUAAA